CUCCUCUUUAGCAUUAUAAAGCUCUUCAUAACCCAGCUACCUCCUUCCUUUCCAGUCUUCUCACACUUUACUUCCCUCCAUCACAUUCUACAGUGUCCUAAUUGCUAUCAAGGCCCCUUCUGCAAGCUCCAUCUCUUCCGUAUUAGCUGUCUCCCAUUCCUAGAAAUGCUCUGCCUCUUCACCUCGGACUGUUUCCCCAGCUUCAAGACUCAGCUCAAAUCGCACCUUUUGCAAAUCGUUCCUCCCCUUACUAUAUACCUUCCCUCUGAGAUGACCUUCCAUUCUCACUGUAGGUAUAUAGAUAUUUGCAUGUUGUUUAGAAUGUGAGCUCUUUAAGGGCAAGGAAAAUGUUUUGUGGAUUUCCCCUCUUCUCGUUAUAUUUUCAUACAUGCUUAAUAAAUGCUCGCUGAACCACUCAUGAUUCUGGAGGAUCCGUGAUCCUCUGACAGAGAGGUAAUGGGCUUAGGGGGCCGCUUUUCCUUCUUUUUCCAAUAAGGGGUGAGGAGGCGGGAGGGAGGGCAAGAAAACAUUUUAGUGACUAGGAAGGCGAUGACAGCAGCCGGGGCCAGGGAGUGCGAGGGCUGAAGUCCGAAUCGUCGCUGGCCUAGCUGCCCCGGCCCCGCCAGCGCUUCUCCUCGGCUCUCCCUCCGCCUCGUCCUGGUAUUUCGUUUCUGAUUUUCAGGCCCGAAUCCUCACAUUUCGACCGACAUUCUCCGGGUCACAGACCCGUCCGCCCUUUGACAGAAAUCAUUCAAGCCCAAAAGGCUCCAUUCUGGCUUCGACGAUCACGGGAGGAAAAACUGAUGACAGGUGGCAUUUCUCCAGCUUAUUGCGCCUCCCCCAAUUGCCACAUGCUGCCCUCUCACGGGCCAGGGCAAGGCCAGGGUCGCGACCCGCCUUCUUUCCUUUUCUGUCCCUCUUUGCUCGCCGUUCCGAACCAGAACUAGAAACCAGUCUUGAAAAUGGAGAUGUAUGAAACCCUUGGAAAAGUAGGAGAGGGAAGUUACGGAACAGUCAUGAAGUGUAAACAUAAGGAUACUGGGCAGAUAGUAGCCAUUAAGAUAUUUUAUGAAAAACCGGAAAAAUCUGUCAACAAAAUUGCAAUGAGAGAAAUAAAGUUUCUAAAGCAAUUUCGUCAUGAAAACCUGGUCAAUCUGAUUGAAGUAUUUAGACAGAAAAAGAAAAUUCAUUUGGUAUUUGAAUUUAUUGAUCACACAGUUUUAGAUGAGUUACAGCAUUAUUGUCAUGGACUUGAGAGUAAAAGACUAAGAAAAUACCUCUUCCAGAUCCUUCGGGCAAUUGAAUAUCUUCACAACAAUAAUAUUAUUCAUCGGGAUAUAAAACCUGAGAAUAUAUUAGUAUCUCAGUCUGGAAUUACUAAGCUCUGUGAUUUUGGUUUUGCUCGGACAUUAGCAGCCCCUGGGGACAUUUAUACAGACUAUGUGGCUACCCGGUGGUAUAGAGCGCCAGAAUUAGUAUUAAAAGAUAUUACUUAUGGAAAACCUGUGGACAUUUGGGCUUUAGGCUGCAUGAUCAUUGAGAUGGCCACUGGGAAUCCUUAUCUUCCUAGCAGCUCUGACUUGGAUUUGCUCCAUAAAAUUGUGAUAAAAGUAGGCAAUUUGACACCUCACUUGCAGAAUGUUUUUUCCAGGAGUCCCAUUUUUGCUGGAGUAGUUCUUCCUCAAGUUCAGCACCCUAAAAAUGCAAGAAAAAAGUAUCCAAAGCUAAAUGGAUUACUGGCAGACAUAGUCCACGCUUGUUUACAAAUUGAUCCUGCUGAGAGGGUGUCAUCUACAGAUCUUCUAAACCAUGACUAUUUUACUAGAGAUGGGUUCAUUGAAAGAUUCAUCCCAGAACUGAGGGCUAAGUUACUACAAGAAGCAAAAGUCAAUUCAUUCAUAAAGCCCAAAGACAAUUCUAAAGAAAAUGAACUUGCUAGAGAAGACAGGAAAACAAGUCAUGGAAAUACAUUGCCAAGUAGUUCAACUAUAGGAAAGGAUGGAGACAAGGACAAAAAGGCCAAGGACAUAAAAGUCAGAGUUUAUAAAGUAAAAGGAGGAAAAGGAGACAUUUCUGAAAGUAAAAAGAUAGACCAUGAAGGUGGACAUUGCCAACGGGACACUUCGGAAAUUUUUCACACUCUUUCUCAAGAUAAUAAACCUGUAACAGCCGAAUCACCUAGCCCUGCAGAUCUCAACACUGAUUCUAACAACAUGAAGGAAGAUCCCCAUUCUGGUGGGUGUAUGACCAUGCCACCCAUCAAUCCAAAUAGCAGUAAUUUGACUGCUGCAAAUCCUAACUCACAUUUCACCCACACAAAUACAAGUAAUAAGUCAUCUGAAAAAGCUAAAAAGAGAAGGACUUCCUCACAGUCUCUUAUACAAUCCGUGUCUAACAACAAGCAAGAGGAUGCAAGCUCUGUUCAAAAUCAAACAGAGAAGGCCACACUUCAUGAGCGAACAGCUCAAAAUGACCAAAUAGCAAAUGGGAACAAAAGGAAAUUGAAUCCUUUAAGGAAUGACAAGAAAGAGAUACAUUUUCCUGAGCUGCCUUUCACAAUACAGUCAAAGGAGAUGAAAGGAAUGGAAGUUAAACAGAUAAAAGUGCUGAAGAGGGAACCAAAGAAAACUGAUACAUCUAAAAUACCAACUUUACUUAAUGUGGAUCAAAAUCAAGAAAAACCAGAGAAUACAGGAAUUGCACAAACUAAAAGGAAGAAGAACCUGCCAGAUGUAGAGUAG